AUGGGGGACUUCGUCGGGAGCAACGUGGCGGAUGCGUGCGCUGAGGAACCACGACUCCCGCCACUUUCAUCGCCGGUCCCGCCACCGCACUACGCAUCCGCAGCGUCCCCGGCAGGACGCUCUGCCACCGUCGUUGGCGGCGCAUUCAUACGUAGCCCUAUGGCAAUGACAUCCUCACAGGCAUAUACCACAACCAUCACUGCUGCCCCCGUCGCAGCUGUUGUUCCUCCUCCUUCGCCAGCAGCGGGGCUGGCGGGCACCUCUCCACACUCCUCUACGACCGCCGCGGAGUACGCGGAGAUUGAGCAGAAGCAGGUGGAGUUGCGAAGCGUGGUAGAACAUCGUAUUAUGACGCUUGAGCGAUCACUGCAGCGCCGCGAGGAGGAACUAGAGGCGCUGCGGAUGCAGCUAGGCAAAACAGAAGAGGAUUAUCAAUUUAACUAUGAACUCAUAAAGGACCGCGACGCGGCGCUAGAGGAGGCUGCGACACAGUUGCAGGUUAUGUAUGACGAGUUGCGACGUCACAAGUCUGAGGGGUCGGUGGCAGCCAAGCGUUUGGAGGGUGUUGAGGAGGAGAUUAAUAAACUGCGGCAACAACUUCGUGAGGCGGAGGUAGAACGUGAACAAACGUUGCAGGGUGUCCAGCACAAGUACCAGCUGAAGGAGCAAGAGUUAAAGGAGACGCUUGGCCGCAAGGAGACAGCGCUAGAGUCGGAGAAGCAGCGUCUGCAUGAAGAAUACCUACAUCGAUUUAAAGCACUUGAUGACAUCCAGGCAGAGACGGCGGAUAAGAGUAAAAUACUUGCAGAAGAAUUAGAGAAGAAGUGGAGCCAACAGGUGAAGGGACUAGAAGAGAAACUGAAUGCAUCCGCUAAAGCGAUGGAUGCCAUCCAGCGUGAGAAGGCGGCAUGUGAGUCUCGUUACGCGGAGACCUCCCAGGCAUUUUCUUUGUUAAAGCAUGAACAUGCGUCACUCCAAGAACAACAUGAGCUUGCCAUGACAGAAGCUGCUGAAAAGCAAAGAAAUCUCGAGGCGAAAUUGAAUGAGUGCAGUACCAUUAUGGGACAAGGCAUUGCCACCGUGGAGGACGGCAUGCGCCAGCAAACACGACGAGCCACCAGGUUAGAGAUAGAGUGCGGUCAACUACAGUCGCAAGUGACGGAACUGCAGGAGCGCUUGCAGGCGGCUCGAAUAGAAAGAGACAACGAGGCAAAACGUUUUAUGGAUGAAAGUCUUCAACUGCAAGAAAACUAUCGGCAGGCGGGGCGACAGAUGGAAGAGCAACGUCAAACUUGGGCAGACACUGAACGGCAAUUGACGCUGCAGUUACAACGGGUGCGAGACGAACUGGAUGAGACACGGAAGCAAGGCGACGCGACAUCUAGUCGUAUAGGCGAGUUCCAGGCUCGUCUUGAGGCUUCUCAAAAGGAGCGAGCUCAGAGUGGAGAGGAAAUUGAACGUCUGCGCCGGGAGCUUCAGCACUGUCGUGAGGAGGAGCAGCGUACUGCCACCCACGCACAAGAAUUGCGGCGUUCUGCGGAAGAAAAGAUUAUUGACGCCUCUCGUGAGGUGGCGGACGCAAAGGAGGAGGUGGAACGACUGAAGAAGCGUCUUUUUGAGCUUCAAGAGCGAUCCCAGUCAGAGUCGGCGCGAUUGUCGCGGGAGUUGCACGCUAGUGAGGCGGCACGCCAAGCACUAGAGGAGCAUUUUCACCUUGCAGAGGAUACCAACGGGCAGCGGGCACUUCUUGAGAGCCUACGCCACCAGAAGGAGGCGCUGGAGCGAAAGGUACUAGAGCUGGAGCACACAAAUGCGGCGAUACGCGAACAAGUAGCUUCCUUUACUAUGGAGCUACAAAACGAUCCCGUUGUAAAGUCGGCGAAGGAGGCGCAGCGCCGUGUGCAAGAGUUACAAGAGGACUUACUGCGAGCCCGGGACGAUGCCCAGCGUCUACGCGACGCAAUCCGUGAGAAGGAGGAGGAAUCCUCGCGGUAUCAGCUGGAGAUCCUGCGGGCACGGUCCAUGGAGACAGCGGCGCUGCAUCAGCGAGAACAGGAGGACCAACGCCUUCGCGAGGAGUACCAAAGCGUAAAGGAGGCCUAUGAACGUAUGCGAAAGGCCCUCAAGGAGCAGCAGCUGCAGCGGGGUAGAGCAUCGCCUGCCAAGCUAGCGGCAAAAGACGAGGAAAGUGGCACAGAUGAAACACAUAGGAAGGAUAGACACCGGCGUACCGAAAAAAAGUCAUACAAGGAAGCAGAGAGAGAUGCCGUCUCGAUGCGGGAGGCGGAGCUGUGGCGGCGGAAGUAUCUGCAGCUGGAGCAACACCUUCGUGAUCUCAUUCGGGAACGUGAUGGGCUGACAAAGGAGUUACAGCUCACGCGUCAGGACGUGGACGCAUUAGCAAGCGAGAAGCAAUCACUUGUUGAUCUGAACUCCCUGUUGAAGGCCCAACUACGGGAUGCCUACCGGACAACACUAGAAUACCCGCAGCUGACGCUAUCAACAUCACCGCCACCGCCACCGCCACCGUUACAGUCACAAAAACAGCAACAACAGCAACCAGCCAGUGUUCCCGUGGGAACCGAUGUGAAUUUGACAUCUGGCAGAACGGCGGGGCGAGGUUUGCCUCAACCCAUGCCUGCGCUUGCGGUAGACGCUGUCUUUAACGAUGCUUCGGCUCUGCCGUCUCUCCUUGACGCUGAGCGUCUUGCUGCCUUGGAAGGGGAGAUUGCGGCGAUGAAGUUGCACAUGAUGACCCAGCGCCAGGGUGUCACACGUGCCUCUCGAGCCAGAGUGGGAGGCGUCGACGCUAAGGAAACGGAGACCCGAAAGCCAUUGAAACAACAACAACAGCGACGUGUUGCUCAGUCUGUACCGAUGAGUCAGUCUCUCAGUCGGGGCGGAGCGCCGGUGGUCCACCGGGGUUCCACCGUGGUGCGUCACUACGGCUACGCGUAG